AUGAACAUGUUCACACGUUCUGACGAUGGAGCGGAGGAGUUCAAACUCUAUCAUUACGACCCAACAGUGGCCGGUGGUGUUAUUUUCACCAUCCUUUUUCUAGCCACCACUCUCCUUCAUUCGUGGCAACUUGUUAAAGGACGAUCUUGGUUCGUCAUUCCACUGACCAUCGGUGGUUUUCUCCAGGUUGUUGGAUACGCUGCGCGAGCAAAGUCCGGUAACGAAAGUCCCAAUUGGACUCUCGGCCCUUAUAUCAUACAAAGCAUUCUCCUUCUCGUCGCCCCCGCGCUUUAUGCUGCAACAAUUUAUAUGGAGCUCGGCAGAAUUGUUCUGAUGAUAGACGGUGAAGGCCGUGUUUUGAUCUCCAAGAAGUGGAUGACCAAAAUCUUUGUUACUGGAGAUGUCUUAUCAUUCAUCCUGCAGGCAGGAGGUGGUGGUUAUCAGGCAUCCGGUACCAUCGAGGCUCUUAGAGCCGGAGCAAAAGUCAUCAUCGGCGGCCUCUUCGUCCAACUCCUCUUCUUCGGCGUUUUCAUCGUCAUUGCAAUAGCCUUUCAUCGUGCUAUCAGCGCCAACCCGACUGCCCGCUCAUCAAGCGGCAUUCCUUGGCAGAAGCAUAUGCUUGCUCUGUACAUUGGAAGCUUCCUCAUCAUGGUACGAUCCAUCUUUAGGGCUGUGGAGUAUCUGCAGGGCUUCAACGGUUAUCUGCUUCGACAUGAGGCUUACUUGUACAUCUUUGAUGCGUGUCUCAUGUUCCUUGUUAUGAUCUUGUUCAACUGGUUCCAUCCAUCAGAAAUCACAGAGAUCUUGAAUGGAAGGGGCGCUGGUAAAGGCUACAGCAUGCAUGCAUUUACCGAGGUUGCCUAA